AGCAGCAGCGGCGUAGGCUAGAGGGUAAAGGUCAGGGCAGGUACAGAGAGAGCGAGAGAGAGAGAGAGAAAAAAAGAGAGAUGGUUGCAGUACGGAAAGUUGCCGGGCAGAUAAAACCGUCUCCGUGAGGCAAAGGGAGGCGAGAUGAUACGUUCUUCGCGCUGCGGCUGAUCCGCCUUUGAAACCGCCUCAGCCGAACGGGUCACCGCUCCGCUCCUCUCGCGUCUCCCCCACUCCGUCCGGGCCAAUGAGCGUCGCGUACGAGCUGCUGUGGCGCUUGCUGCACGUCCUCUUCAGCGUCCAGCGCGCGCUGGUCGCCUGGGGCCGCGGUUGGUUCGGAGGUCGCGGCUCGUGGCUCAGCCGUUGGCGGCAGCGCGCGGCUACAGCGGCCACCGCCGCCUCGCGGGCCCUUUUAGCCCCGGCGGCGGCCGCCAACCCUUUCGCCUUUCACAAGCCGGCGGCGGUAGGACGGAAAGUAGCGGGCGCCGGUGGCCGGUGGCGGAGGGAUGCCAAAUCUCUGCAGAAGCUGCCGGGCCACGUUGGGCUGGUGGUGACCGAGGAGGAGCAGAGCUACGCCGAUGUGGCCAGCUUGGUGGUGUGGUGCAUGGCGGUGGGCAUCUCCUAUGUCAGCGUCUACGACCACGAAGGUAUUUUCAAAAGAAACAAUUCAAGACUGAUGGAUGAAAUUUUAAAACAGCAGCAGGAAUUGUUGAAUCUUGACUGUUCCAAAUAUACAGUGAAAUUUGCAAAUCAGGAGAAAACAGAUGAAGUUUUAAAUUGCCAAUCUGUUCUGAACGUGCUGUCCUCAGAGGAUGGAAAAACAGAUAUUGUAAAAGCAGCUCAGAAAUUUUGCAAUUUAGUAGCACAAAAGCAAAAGAAAUGCACAGAUCUGGAUAUGAACAUCUUGGAAAACUUAUUAAGUAGUACUAACGGCUUUCCUGAUCCUGACCUAAUAUUAAAAUUUGGUCCUGUGGACAGUAUCUUGGGAUUUCUUCCCUGGCAAGUCAGAUUGACCGAGAUUGUUUCUUUGCCUUCACAUGUGAAUGUCAGCUAUGAUGAAUUCUUCUCUGCCCUUUGUUACUAUGCAUCCUGUGAUCAGCGUGUUGGAAAAUGAUUUAUUGCAUAAUUCUAUCAGGAUUUCUUUGGAAAGGACCCAAGGUCUCUGUUUACAAAUAACUGUGAUUCAUACAAGUCCAGUACAUAGUCUUUUAAUUUAUCAAAUUCAAUAAAGUGUCUUAUCUUUUUAGAAUUUGUAUGUGUGUGUACUCAUAAUCUUUGAAGGUAUGAGAAAGCAAUGCUUUCUAAUAAUGGUAUAAACUGCUGUCUAAUAAUGGUAUAUCAUAAAAGUUGUAAAAAUAGUUGUUUAAAGAUUUCAGGCUUAUUUUCUUUAGUGAUCAAAUUAUUAUUACCAGAAAUGUUUACAUACAAUAUAUAUUAAAAAGUCAAAGUAGCACUGCAGUCAAUAGAGUGCAAAUUCUCAGUUGAAGUCACCUCAUACAUUUCUGAAAUCAUACUUUACAUCUUCUUUACCAGACUUAUACUUGACUUCCUAAGCCUAGAUUUUAGGAACAUAUUGAAUUGAUUACCUAAAAACAUUUAUAAAAGUGUCUGACAGGGUGAGAUUGGACAGAAGGAAUAGCUAAUGUUAAAACUGAUUAAAUAGAACAGGACCAAAAAGUGCUUCCUGGAAUGUGGGAAUGGUUUUAAAUCAUAGGUCAAUACAUGUUUUAAAUGAGCAAUUGAAUUAUGGGCCUUAUAACUAUGGACCUUUUUGUCUUGGGGAGCUGAAGUUUAAAUAGUAUGAUGGAUUGUGUGGAAGAAUAAAUGUGGGAAUGGAGCAUCCUCAUGUAAACUGAACUUUUCCAAAUGCAACACGAACAAUUGGGCCUCUAUAUUCUAUUUUAGAAUAGAAUAUUAACAUCUCAGAGUGAAGGCAAGUUUUUUUUAAAAGGGUUGUAUUUUACUUUACAAAAAGGAUUGAUUCCAUUUUCAACAUUAUGAAUAUCUACCAUGUUAUUUUCACUUCAACUAUAAAUUAACCAAUCUGGAUGAGGAUGAGUGUGGUAGAAUACACUUAGUUUAUGUCUGGCUAAGAAACAGUAGCAACAAACAGUGAAAGUGUUAAUAUCCACUGAUAACUUUUUAAAAUUUUGACAUCAAUACACUGUAACAUGAUUACCUGGAUAAAUGAUUAUGGCAGUUAUUGUGUGACAUUAAUACAACAAUACAAUAAAUGUAUGAAGCUAAAAUUCAUAAAUUUGUCACCUAAUUUUCUGCAGCAACUUUGUUAUGCUGCUUAAUAUAUAUAUAUAUAGUAUGAGAUUUUUCUCCAAACCUCUAACUUAAUAUUAUAUCCUUAAGUCUGCAAAUUUUUAAACAGACUGUUCAGUAAAUACUCUCUGUUUCAACUGCAUAUUUGUAAGAAUAGCAAAACCAUUUUUAUGUUUUGGUUUCAAAGGGAACAGAAACUUAAAAUCUAUUUUGUGAAUGGCCUUUUUUGUAAAUAGCUCCAUUUAGUGGAGCAAAAUAUUGCAGAUGAUAAUAGUAUUUUUCUCCUUUUUAAAUAUCAAAGUUGUACUUGAUACAUCUGUGACAGAAUUAUGGAUUAAUUGACCAUAAGGUAUUUUUCUUAAAAGAAUGCUUAUUACUGAGAUUGUACAGUGUAAAUGGGCAUCAAGACAAUAUACAUACCUACUGGAAUUUCAGAAUCUUAUCUUCCAAUUUCUGCUACAGUGAUCAUAAACAUGUGCAAUAUAUUUCAGGAAUGUUCAUGCAUCCAUUUCUAUGAUGUCUUUCAGGAAAUGGCAUUUUAAUGAAGACAGAUUUUGGAACAUAUUCUACAGGAAAUAAUGAAAAUUAUGACAUGGUGUAUGUAAAUUAAUUGAAGGACCUAAAGAGAACUGACAUCUAAAUAUCAGAGCUAUGAGCUUAGCAAAACAAUUCUAGUGCAAAUUAUGAGAAAUAAAAUAGCAAUUUUAAGAUUCUUUUCCAUUUUUCUACUUGAUAGUUUUUCUGAAUCUUCAGAUGCCAAAGAAUAGUUUGAAGAACCACCUGCAUUUUGUCCACCCUUGUGACAUUCUUUGACAACAGGCUACUGUAUGUACCAAGCUCAGUAGAAAAUAUGAAGUUAGAUGUGCCAAAAACACUGCAUAUCCACAAUUUAUUCUUUGAAUGUACAUCAUUGCAGUAAACUCUCCCAUCUCAAGUUCUGUGAGAAGGUAUAGUCAACAGCAGUGACAGACUAAAUAUAUUUGGAUACUUGUAAAUAAUAUGUAAAACAACUUUUUAUUAUGAACAAAUUGACUUACUGGAUUUCAUUACUGAGGGUAAAAGAACCUGUAAAUAAAUAUAUCUUUUUACAGGCA